AUGUCCGCCGCUGCCCGUCGAACCGCUGAUCGCGACAAGCUCAAGCAUGUUGUGACCAUCAUGCUCAACAAUGACGAGACCAACUGGGAAACUCACGAUGUUAUGCUUGCCCUCACUCACUUUGGAGUCGAUACCUUCUCGGACCUCAUGAUGAUGGAACGCAAAGACAUUCAGUCUCUCGUGGUUCCAGUCGCUGGAACCGUUGCCGAACACCCUCUUGGAUUCACGGAAGUGGUCCCGUGGCUCUCGACACGAGCUCCUGUAUCCGCCGAAGCAGAGAUUGAGCACUGGAACAAGACGGUCAAGAUCUCUCGCAGUGACUACAAGGAGUUCCGUGACGAAGCGUUCUGGCACAAGUGGAGCGAACAUUUCCUACUCACUGUAAAGUCUCACCGUUUGUCUCAUCUACUCGAAAAAGGAUACGUGGCGGAGAACCCGUCGCUCGAUCGCAUCCAACGCGAAUGGAUGUACAAGACACUCUGUGACACAAUCAAGACCGCAGCUGGAAAAUCAUUCCUCACUCAACACCUCAAGAACAGUGAAACUCAUCUAUUCUGGGAAAAGAUGUCCAAUCACUACAAAACGUCGAUGACAGCGACCAUUCGUUCAUCCAAGACCUUGACCUAUUUGACCACUGCCAAUUUAUCAGACGGAUCGUGGCGUGGAAGUCAACAGAACUUCAUUCUGAACUUCAAGGAACAAGGUCGAAUCUACAACGGCACCUCUGUGCACAACAAGUACUCUGAUGGGCAACUCGUACAGUUCCUUGAACAAGCUGUCUCUGGCAUCCCCAACCUAUCCGGUGCACGACGCGUAGAUAUGCUUGCGCGUAGCGCAGCCAAGAAUGAGGACACCUACAGCUUUGAAGAUUACACCGCAAGCCUGCUCUUGCUAGCAGCCAUCUACGACGCAGCUCACUCUGGUACAUCACGAUCCAAAGGAAACUCACGACGAAGCUCAUACAAUCAUGAGCUCAUCUUCGAACAAGACAAUGAGAACCAUGGAUACGAAUCUCAUGUACACGACUUUGACACGACCGUCGAUGAACUACUUGAGGUCCAUCAAUCAGACCGUUCUCACCACUCUCCAUUUGAUCGUCCUUCUCAAGGCCCUCGCAAAGUCAUGAUGAACGUGGCAACGUGGAAAUCUCUUAUGCCUACUGACCAGAAAGCAUGA